GAUGCAAGUCCGAAUGUUGCCGAAAAAAUAAAGUGACAAGUGAAAUAUCAUAAAAUUGGACUUAAUUGUUGAAUUUCAAAAGAUAUCGUUAAGUUAGUUUGUGAAAUAGGGAUGCAUACUUGCCACGUAUGUUCUUAAGAUGGCGACAGACUCGUAUAUUGAACGUCAGAAUGAUGAGCUUCAAGUUUUGCAGUCGAUUCUUUUAGAAGAUUUUAAAGAUCUGCGUCAAUCAGACGCAUGGAAAGUGAACAGACCUCCAGAAGUUUGUUUGACACUUAAACCACAGGAGAGUGCAGGAAACUAUGAGGGAGAAAUUUAUGUCCAGCUUGAUCUUAUUUUCAAAUGUCCCGAGAAAUAUCCAGAUGUCGUUCCAGACAUAAGAAUGGAAAACACAAAAGGUCUAUCUAAUCAGCAGUUACACACACUGAAAUGUGAUCUUGAAAAAGAAGCAGAAAAACUGAAAGGACAGGAAAUGAUGCUAGAACUUGCCCAGUAUGUUAAAGAUUUUCUAUAUGCCAAUAAUAAACCACCACCAAAGUCUUUCUAUGAGGAGAUGAUGUCAAAUAAGAGGAGACAGGAAGAAAAACAGGCACAGGAGCAUCAGAGAAAGCAAGAGCAAUUGAGGAAGAAAGAAGAAAAAGAAAUGAUGAUUAUAGAAGACCAAAUACAAAAAAGAAAAGAAAUUCUCAAAGAGGAGACAAGGAAAAUGAAAGAAGCUAGACAUGGAAUGGAGGAACGAUCCAGCUCUGUAACAAGAUCACCAGUUGGUUCCCCUAGUACCCAGCAAUCAGAAUUAACUUUACUUGAUAAAAAGGGAACCAGGAGAUCACAGUCACCAGCUGUACAACAUCAACAACUAGUCAGCAAUGAUGGAGAAGGGAAGCAUGAACGAAAAAGGGGCAUUAGUUGGAGUUGUUCAGAUGACAAUCACAAACAUUGUAAACAUCAUACGGGUGGUAUCGUGGUGCUAGCUUUUAACACAAAAUCAGAGAGGAUUGUUCAUAGAGGAAGGUGCUUAGGUCAUGGUGUACAUGGUAGUACAGUGUAUGCAGGUGUUGAUACAAAGACUGGGGACUUAGUGGCAAUAUCAGAAUGGGUGUUAAAAUGGAGGCACGUAGGUCGUAAAUCAGCAAAUAAUAAAGACAUCGAGGAUAAAGAAGGGGAAUCUUAUAUGAAACAGGUGACAACGAUGGAACAAGAGAUGUCUUCUCUACUCAAGCUUAGUCAUCGUAAUUUACUUCAUUAUCUUGCCUUUAAAUAUGAAGAGGAAGCAGGAAAGAUAACCAUCUAUGUAUUGAUGGAAUAUUCUGGUGGACAGAACCUGGACAUUUACCUGACACGGAAAACAUUGACUAUGGAUGUUUUGAGAAGUUACACAGAGGAAAUGUUACAAGCUUUAGAAUAUCUGCAUAAUAAAGAUGUCACACACAAGAAUCUCAGGGCAUCAAGUGUAUUUAUAGACAUGAAUGCGAGGGUGAGACUAGCUGAUUACAGUAUUAAUAAAAGAUUGUGUGAUCUAUACCAGAUGGUAGAGGAUGGUAAACCUGGAGUAAAGUUCUCUAAACAGUCAGUAUAUGCUGGGAGAGGUAACAAAAAGGAGGAUGUGUUUCAACUGGGAGUAUUAUUACUAUCUUUGUCUCAGGGUACACCAGUAGAUGAUCUCAUACCAACUGUUCCCCAUACACUACCUCCAGUGUUCCAGGAUUUUCUGGCCAAAUGUUUAAUGAGAGAUGACAAGUUAAGAUGCUCCUGUUCUCAGUUGCUGGACCAUCAGUUUGUAAAGGAACCUAUACCUCAACCACUGUCACCACAAAAUGAACCAGAAAACAAACAAGUUAAACAAGAAGGUAAGGAGGACAACUCUUUUGAUGAUAGACAAGAAUCGUCUCCCUUGGUUACUGAUUGGGAGGCCAGUGGCAAAUCUAGAUUGACAAAUGAGUUUGAAGUACUGAAAUCACUGGGGAAGGGAGGUUUUGGUGAUGUUAUUAAGGUUAAGAAUAAGCUAGAUGGAAGAUUGUAUGCCAUUAAGAGAAUACCCCUUGAUCGUAAAAGUACACAGUUUAACAGGAAAAUCACAAGAGAAGUUAAACUGCUGUCUAGACUUAACCAUGAAAAUGUAGUCAGGUAUUACAACUCGUGGAUUGAGACGAGUGAUCAACCACCUGAAAGUGACUCCUCAUCCUCGUUUACUGAAACGCCCAAAGAUUCCGAGUCUUAUAAGAAAGUUGCGCUUCCAAGUAACUUCCAAAAAGACUCGCUGGGAUUUGUAGAUGAUAUGGAAAAGUUUGCGCCACAGAUUAAUGUUCCCUCUGCAGAUUUUAAUAUAUCAUACGAGUUUUCAAGAUCGAAGUCACAUGGUUACCAUGGCAAUGACAUAGAGAGUUCAAGUGAGGAGGACGAAGAUUUUGCUGAUGUUUUUGGCUUGUCUUAUAUGGGAGAUCGUUCAGACUCUUCAGAUGUUAUCAUAUUUGAACACAAUAUGGAUAGUGCUGAUGAUUUGAUAAGUGUAAAUGAUGAACAGAAGAAAAAUGAAUCUGAGUGCCAAACUGUUACACCUGAGCCAAAACGGUAUCUUUACAUACAGAUGGAAUACUGUGAAAAAUGGCACCAAGAGACAAGGAUGCAAGGAAGUUGUGAAGGAGACAUGUGUACAGAGGGUAUGAUACAUAGGGAUUUAAAGCCAGUCAACAUAUUCUUAGACUCCAAUGAUCAUGUUAAAAUAGGUGACUUUGGUCUAGCCACAUCAGACGUUAUAUCAAAGGUAAUAACAGUAACCCUUUCUAUGCUAAAUAAACUUGUCCAUCUUUUAGUAUUGACAAAACCAUUCAUCAUUGUUUGGAUAUGUUUUAAACAGAACAGAGGUACUUACAGUCAGAAAGUAGAUAUUUACAGUUUAGGGGUUAUCUUCUUCGAGAUGUGCUACAAACCAUUACAGACAGGAAUGGAGAGGGUGAAAAUACUGGGGGAAUUAAGAUCACCUGAAAUUAUUUUUCCCGAUGAUUUCGACCAGAUUGGGAUGGAAAACCAGUGUCACAUCCUUCGCUGGCUGCUGAAUCAUGAUUACAAUGAAAGACCGACAUCGAAGGAACUUUUAAAAUCUGACCAUAUACCCCCGUCAAAGAUGGAGGAGGCGGAGUUAAAUGAAGUGUUGAGAUCGGCCAUAGCUGACCCGCAGAGUAAAUCGUACCACCGUAUGAUCAGUGCGCUUUUCACUCAGACCGUCAGUCUAGCUGAUGACCAUGUUUAUGACAGCGAUAUGCAUAAGGGCAGUAUCUCAAUGAAAGCUUCACUCACGCAGCAACUUGUGAGUGAUACUCUAGAAAAAGUGUUUCAGCGUCAUGGUGCCAUCAAACUUAACACUCCACUACUCAUGCCACGACAAAAUCUCUACGAAAAAAUCGACCAUUUUGCUAGCCUCAUGGAUGACAGCGGGAGACUAGUCGGUCUACCUUUCGAUCUCAGAGUACCGUUUGCUCGUUUUAUAACUCGGACCAGUACUAGCUACAUAAAGAGAUACUGUAUAGACCGGGUAUACAGGAGGAAGAAAGUCUGUGGAUUUCAUCCGAAAGAAUUAAUAGAGUGUGCGUUUGAUAUAGUUACUGCAAACCCUUUGUGCUUAAUUCCUGAUGCAGAGGUGUUAGUUAUUGUUCAAGACAUCAUAAACGAAUUUCCACCAUUGCAGCAAAGAAAUUACUACAUAAAACUGAAUCAUUCAUCAUUAGUGAAGGCAGUUUUAUUACACUAUGGAAUACCUGAGGAUAAACAUCAACAAGCUAUAACUACACUUACUGAAAUAAAGAAGGACAGUAAGUCUCGUCAGAAAUUGUUAUCUACGUUGUCAAUAUCUGACCAAUCAGUGUCUAUGUUACUCACUCUGAUGGACACGGAGGGAGAUUUCAGUAAAAUUGACAGUAUGCUUAGAAUGAUCACAAAAACAAAAGGACAGGCUGGUUCCCUGGCAAAGCAAGGUUUACAUGAGAUAGAGGCUGUCUUUACAAAAGCUCAACAUCUUGGAUUAAAGCUCCCGGUUAAAGUGAAUUUAGGUUGGAUAUACAGUUUACAAAUGUAUAAUCGUGUCACAUUUCAAGUGGCUGUAGACAUGAUAAGGAAGAAGAAAACUGUCUCAGAAGUUAUAGCUACUGGGGGCAGAUAUGAUGUUCUGAUAGAAAAGUUUGAGCCACGUCACAGUAUAUUAACGCCAAGCGUAACAAAACAGUCAGCUGUUGGUGUUAGUAUUGCAUUUGAGAAGAUUGUCUCGGCAAUGUUAGAUCAACCAGAGUUUCAGCCUCCGAGUGCCUACGAUGUGUUGGUGUGUACAAUAGGACAUAAACCAAUGGAGAAAGAGAGAAUGAAUCUAGUGAAGGAGCUAUGGGGUGCUGGACUUAAAACUGAAAUUAAACAUGAAACACUUGAGGGUCAGGAAGAGAUUCAGGAUUAUUGUAGAGCACAUGGUAUAUCUAAUCUAGUCAUUCUGAAAGAUUCUGAAGGAUCUAAUGUCAGGGUGAGAUCAAUAGAGAAGGAGAAGAUUACAGAGAAAGUUAUUUCAGCGUCAAAUCUGGUAGAUUUCCUCCAGCAGAGACUUCAAGUUUCAGAAACGGAACCAAAGUCAAUAAGCCAGACAACAGGAAGUAAACAGAACCAGUCAAAUAUCUCACACUCAGAAAAUGUGUCCCAGUCUACGGGAGGAAGUAAUGUUACUUGGAACUUCAAUUUUAUACCACAAGAAUCGAAACUGGCAACAAACUAUAGGAGAAAGCAAGAGGCACAGAUUGUGUCUCAAGUGAACACAUGUUUUCCAUGGUUACAUAUGAAAUGUAUAGAAGUUAUAGCAGUAGAUUUACCUGGAUCUGCCAUAAAAGUACUGUCUGCCUUCUUAGAGGUUGAUUCUACAGAAAAAGAUUUUGAAGCCAGUAUUGGUUCUGUUAUAGAAAAAUUGCCUAGAUACAAGAAGUAUAUGAGUAAAAUAACUGACCAAAUUUACACACUGGUUUUUGAAAAGAAAUGUAACUUUAUUGUAAUAUACAGUAUGAAAGAUGAGAGAGUUAAACUACUUACAUCUUCAUGACCUUGUCACAAAAUUCCUGCAGAGAAACUGCAUACAAAGUGCACAAAGUCAUACAAUUCCUAUAAAGAAGUGCACAGUUACAGACAAUUCUUAUAUAAAAGUGUGCAGUUAUAUACAAUUCUUAUAGAGAAGUGGACAGUUACAUACAAUUCUUAUAAAGAAGUGCACAGUUACAGACAAUUUUUAUAGAAAAGUGCACAGUUACAGACAAUUUUUAUAGAAAAUUGCACAGUUACAGACAAUUUUUAUAGAAAAGUGCACAGUUACAGACAAUUUUUAUAGAAAAGUGCACAGUUGCAGUCAGGUCUUAUAUAGAAAUGUACAGUUAAAGAUUAUUCUUACUGUAAAGUGCACAAUUACGGACAAUUCUUUUAAAAAAAGUGCACAGUUUUAGACAGUUGUUACAAAGAAGUACACUUAAAGACAAUUCUUAUAAAGAAAUGCACAGUUACAGACAACCUGUGGAAAAGUGCUUACUCCAAAGUAAUGUCAAAGUUACAAACAGUUCUGAUAGAGAAGUGCACAGACACUAACAAUUAAGGGGAGAAUCUCAGAGUUACAGACAAUUCUUAUAGGCAAGUGGUGAAUUUGAACUACUACUUGUUUAUGUGAUGCAAAGUUUGACUUUCAGGCCAGUUAUUGAACAAUAAUGUUUUUCAUUUGCAUUUCCAAAUAUAAGUAUUAAGGUAUAUUGCAAUAAAUCAUCCAAGUCCUACUUUAGAUGAUUAUAUCCAAAAAAUUUGUUAUGCGAAUUUAGUAAUUUUCUUCACAAUGCUUCAAAUGAGAUUUAUUUUCCUAAAAGUGAAAAUUGUAAAAUAAUUAUAAGUUAUUAGUGUUAUUUGGUUCUUUGUUUUUAGUUGAAACCUAAAGGCUGUGCAUUUCCAUUUUAUUUUGUCAUAAAAAUUAGUCAAAUGAUGAAAUAUACAAUAAGUAAAAGGAUAUUAUCACAUACCGUGCCGAUUUUGCCAACUCUGUAAAAAUGGUAUUGCAUUGCCAUGCAUAUAUUUGACAUAGCGUCAUUUGCUUUAUACAAACAAAGUGUAAAGAGAUGCUAAAAAAUUACUAUUACACUAUUGGCGCAUCAAUGAGAAAUGAUUCUUUUGCACUUUGAAAGGUAUGUUAUUUUCUUCCAUUUAUACCAAAGAAUAAUGUUCACAAGUUUGAUGAACGGUUUGCAAUAUUUUCAUAAUGUUCACAAGAUUAGUGACUGUUCACAAUAUUCUCAUAAUAUUGAGGAGUUUAGUGAACUGUUCACUACAAUGUCAAAAUGUUCACAAGAUUGAUGAGCUGUUUACAAUGCUGUCAUAAUGUUCACAAGUGACUUGUGAACUUUUCACGAUAUUGGUGAGUAAAGAUAUGUGAAUUGUAAUUUUGUGAAUUUUUGAAAUGUGCACAAAAUUAUUAGAUUUUCAUACUGUUUGCCAUAUUGGUAAACAUUUUAACAUAAUUAUUCAAAUGUUCUCAAGUUCAACAUUUUGUUUACAUGAUUUAUGAACUGUUCACCAUAUUAGUGAAAUGUUCGCAAAAUUUACACUUUCUUAUUAAAAUUUGCUGUUCAUGUAUGUAUGUACGUACUGUUGCCAUAUGUUUAGAAUUAUGACCAUGAAAUACCAUGUGUUCAAAUUGUCUGUGAUAAAAUGUUGUAUUUAUAAUAUAUAUAUUUGUAUGUUGAUGAUAACUCUCUUAAAAUGUUAGGUAUUAUUUUAUAUCAUUGUGCUACAGGUGGAAUUAGUUAAUGGGUGGGGUGGGAC